UGUAGACAGCUGAACAAUCGUUAAACCGGUUGUUCAUGCACAUUUUAUUUGUGAUAACUUUCUGUUAAGUGCAAACAGUGCUACGUUUUUGUGCACACAAUAUGAUGAAGCUAUCAUAUUUCAAAAUGGCUAUACAUUGAUAUCUUUUGUGUCAUAAAAUAUUUGUCAAAUUUAAAUUAAUCGGUUAGGCAUUGGAAAAGACAAGCGCAUUCUUACACUGUGUUUUGAAACCGCUCAUAUCAGUAUGGGAGAGGUAAUUUUCAAGAGAGAGCAAGAGGGGCUACACUUACAGAUUGAAGAAGCAUGCCAGGCCGCACAAGAGUUCUCUCGACUUUACUAUGAGACGAUAGACAAGAAAAGACAUCUCCUGACGAAGCUGUAUCAGGACAAUGCCGAGGCUGGAUGGAAUGGGAACAUUCUUAAAGGGAAAGAAGCAAUCCUGAAAUUCUACGAUGAUUUGCCUUCCUCAGAACACAAAAUUGAAUCACUGGACUGUCAGCCUAUGUCAGGACCAAUUUCUGCGGGACAACUCUACAUCAUUGUUAAGACAUUUGGCACUGUGAAGUUUCCUAACAAUGCACUGAAAUCCUUCCACCAGAGUUUUCUGCUCACACCCGAGACAAUAUCUGGAAACAAUUUCUGGAAGAUAGCGCGCGACACCUGCCGCUUCCAAGACAAGUCUGACUCCUGAUUGUACUAUAUUAGUGUCAAAUUUAUGAAACUCAAAAGAAAUGACAAUGCAAAUUGAUUGAAUCUUUAAUUCAGCCUAUGCAAGGCAUAGUAACAAGGAUUGGAGAAUAAUCAGGGCAAUCUUUGUAAGAUCAGGAGUAAGUGAAACCAUUUUUUUGUCUCCAAAAUUGUGUGUAUUGUUACAUAAAUAUGAUUUUUAAUUCUGAUUAUGUGAAUGACAUGUGGUUUUUUAUCAAUGAAAAAGUACACACAGAUCUUAUUGUAAUUUCUCAAUGCAAAUUUAUAAAGUAAUUUUUUUGUAUUGUACAAAUAGUAUUAAGUUGUUGAGAGUACCAUAAUUCAAAUAGUAUGCUGGUGUUCAAUUUCAUAUUUGUUGGUAAUUUUGUUUACCAGGCACCUUAACAUAAAACACAAUCUUUGUUUAAUACAUUUUGUGAACUUUGAUUUAAUUGAUGGAGGGAUAAAUUACUGUAGGUAUUUGUUCCCCAGCAUAUGGAUUCAUUUAAGCUGUUUCAAUACAUCAACAAUAUAUUUUUAACCAAUGUUGAAUGUUUCAGUAUAACAUUUGUGCGUUAUAAAUUGAUGCUAUUAUUGUGUUUUAAAUUGGACCAUAAACUUCUAGCAUACAAUGAGUUUUUAACUUUUUAUGUCUUAAAUGUUUAAAAAAAAUUGUGCACUAAAGUCUAUUUUACACAGUUUGUUGGCAUUUGUUCCAUCUAAUUUGUCAACCUCCACAAAAUACAGAUAAAUAUAGUUCUUAAACUUU